AUGAAGUACACGGCAGCAUUGGCCCUGGGCAUGGUCCCGGCGGCGCUUGGAAAGUCGGUCCACAAGGUCUACCCCGUGCGGCGGGAUGGUGGGGAGCUCGAGGCUCGCAACAACGGCGGUGCUAGCGUGACGAUCAACGGCCAGGCCGGCGUCGCGGCAUCUUCCUCCCAGAUCGAGGAGCUCACACGCCAGCUCGGCUUGAAUAAGGGCUCGGGUAUUGAGAUCAACUUCCUCUGGGUCAACCUCGGUGGUGGCGCCGCCACCACUGUCCUCAACGCCGCCUCUACCGUGACGGUAACCCAGACCAUUGGCGGUGCCGCCGCGGGCACCCCACCGCCCGCUGUGGCCACUGGCGGCGCCGAGGCAGGCUCGGCGACCCCACCAGCAGCUGCCUCGGGUGCUGCGAGCGCCGUCGCCGGCGGACAAACCCACGACGUGACGGUCGGCGGUCCCCAGGGCUUGUCAUACAACCCCCCCGAGAUCAAGGCGGCCGUUGGCGACACGGUCAGAUUCACCUUCUUGAGCCAGAACCACACGGCCACGCAAUCCGCUUUCGACAAGCCCUGCGAGCCUCUUGCUGGUGGCAUGGACUCUGGCUUCCAGUCCAACCCCAACAACACCGUCAACCCGCCUCCCCAGGUCGCCAUGCAAAUCAUGGUCUCCACGCCUCUCUGGUUCUACUGCCGCCAGAACGGCCACUGCGGAAAGGGUAUGGCUUUCUCCAUCAACCCCACCGCUGCCAAGACGCAGGCCAUGUUCCAGGCUAUGGCCAUCGCCCAGGCCGGCAAGGGCACUGGUAGCGCCAUCACGGGCGGCGCUGCUGCUCCCGCGGCCGCUCCCCCUGCCGAUGCCGGCGCCGCCCAGAACGUCACCAACACCGUCGGCGGAGGAGCCGCUGUCGCUGCCCCUACUUCCGUUGCUGGCGGCACGGCUUCCAACUCGGGCAUUGUUACUGGCGCCGGCACUCUCGCUUCCGACGGGUCGUGCCUCUGCGCCGUAUCUUGCGCCUUCCAGAUGUUCCCCGCUGCCCAAGCACAAGGGGUUGACGCCUUUGGCGGCGUUCCUGGUGCCCUACCCAUGAACAUGGCGCAGGCGAGUUAG